GAUGGAGACCUGUGAGGAUGAAGCUGUGAAAGCCAUGAAGGAAGAAAACACAAAGGCCAUCCGCCAGUUGUUUAUCAACUGUGCAUCGUGUUCUGGUGUACCUGAGGAGUCGUGGACGGAGGAGAAUGUGAAGCACCUGGAUCAAUUUAUUGUGGACACCUCCGUCACAUCUCUGGCAGUCUAUAUGCACAGCUCCAGUGGGCUUCGGGUGGAGUCCAGCGUACUAUUAUCGGACGAGGAGGUUGAAGGGCUGUGCCGUUUUAUCCGUAAGCCAGGAGCCAUAAUCACUAAAGAAACAUUUGAAGCAGUCAUACAAUUUCAAACAGGAAGGGGUGAUGCCGGUCGGAGCCUACUUCAUGAAAGAACCGCAAUGCAUGUCCCUACCACUGCCUUCAGCAAACACAAGGAAAAGGAUGAAUAUACCAAAAACAUGCAGUGUUUUGGUAUCUGUUUUACAGAUGAGUUCUACUUCAAGUCAGGUGACACAGUUCUGUAUAUUCCAAUGGAAGCCCUGCAAUGCAGUGCCGAGAAAGCCAGCAAGGACAAGAAGCAUGUCUCUAGACUUGAGAUUGUUAUAAUCAACUGGACUGAUCAGAUCAAGAAGCUUCUGAAUGACCAAGAAAUAGUGGAGAUGAAAGACAGCUGUGGUCCGCUGCAGGAGAUAGACUUCUGGAAAAGUCGUUCUAGUAAGCUGUCUGACAUCAGCCAGCAGCUGCAGAAGCCGGAAGUCCGGCACAUCCGGGACAUCUUCAAGCUUGCCAAGACUCCAUAUAUAAAGCGCUUUUAUCAAUUGGCCAAGGAAAUACAGGUUUGCUCUGUGCAGGCCCAGUCAAACCUCAGCUACCUGUCCAUACUGCAAGGGCCCUGUGAAGAACUUUCCCAGCUUGAGUUAAAACAGAUUGCUUCAAAGUUUCGGGACAUUAUUGUUCUAAUUCGUAUCAUCUGGAACAAUUCCCCCUACUACAACAGCAGUGAGAGAAUCACUGGACUCUUCUGCAAGAUGACGAAUGAGAUCAUCCGCCUGUGUACCCAAAGCAUCUCUCUGGACAGGAUUUUUAAAGGCUAUGUGAUAUCAAGCAAGCAAGUCCUCCAGGACUGUGUGCAGUGCUGCCAGUUCUGGAAGGAAAUUUACCUGGAAGUUUCACAGCUGCAUCACAAACAUUCUGAAAAUGGCUGGCCCCUGAACCAAAUGAGUUUUUUUGUGGUGAUUGAUGCUUUCAUUAAGAGGCUCAAAGACUUGAUUGAGGUUUGUGACUGCCAGAAUCAGUUUGUCCGUUGGGAGGAUGGUCAUCAGAGGGAGCUGCCAUCCUAUAGAGGUUUCGCAGACUUCAACCGUGAAUUGUUGGCGAUAGAGAAACAUUUCUAUCAGGGCCUGCAGAACCUGCACGCUAUCGGAGAACGCAUCCUUGACGUCAAAGACACCGCAUGGAACAUUGAAUUCAACAGGUUUUGCAGACUAACCAAGGAACUAGAAGUGAUGGUGCGGAACCUGAUCAUGUCACAAUUCAAGACUGUGGGCACCAUUCGAGAUGGAGUUCAUUUUCUGGACAUUGUUAGGCCUAUGUCUGCUCGAGAGACCAUUAGGUGCACUAUAGUAGAGACAGCCGAGGAGGUGUAUGAGAUGUUUAACAAGGCCCUGAAAAUGGUAAACAACGCCUUGCAUCAGAGAAAAAUACCAUCUCCUGACCAUAUACCCAAGAUCAUGCACCAGGUCACGUGGGCAAGGGCCCUCAGACAUCACUUAGACAGAUCCAUGGAGUUGCUUCAGAAUGCUCACUUCAUGCCUGACUCUCACAGUUACAAGCAGAUGGUUUCCAACUAUGGACAGAUGGUCCAGGUUUUGGAUGAGAUUGUUGAAAAAAACUACAUCGAGUGGAGCCAGAAAUUAGAUGGACAGUACCUCAAGAAUUUGGAGAAGCCUCUCCUGGUGAUGAGCAAGGACACUACCUCGAAGCUGGAUGUAAACUUUGAUGACAACCUAUUUAAUCUGUUUUCUGAGAUGGAUUACUGGGAUCAACUGAAAUACGAGAUCCCCCAGUGUAUGUCUGAAAUCUACCAGAUUAAGGACGGUAUCAAGGCCUUGAGGGAGAGAGUGGUGCUGCUGGUCAUGAAAUGCAACAGAAUGAUUGAAAUGCUCUCUACUGACGAGUUGGGGCUGUUUCGGGACCAGAUUCGCCAUUUUCAUAAGCAGAUUCAGCCAUGUCUGACCAAGCUUCUGUGGUUGACAAAAGGAGCCUCCAGCAUCUUCGUCGAAAGCUGUCUCUUGCACAUUGACAAGGUGCAGCUGAAAGUUGAUAGUUUUAAAGCUUACAAUAUAUCCAUCUCCAGCCACUGUCGACAGAUUAGUGAAACAUUGCUGGUAAAAUUAGAUGGCAAGACUGUGUACAGAAACCUGGAUUUUGAGGAUGACCAGAGAGCUCACCAAGAGAGAUGUCUUGCACAGCUACGCUCAGCACAUCAGAACAUCGUUGAUAUCGUUACACAGAUCCAUCACAUCUUUGCUAAUGAUGGAGCCGAGGUUCAGGAGCAAUGGGGCAUCUUCACAGAGAAGGUGGACCGCAUGGUAGAGGAGGCUUUCAGGAUCAAUGUCAGGAGCUCAAUGGAGAAGCUGUCCAGAGCCAUCAAUGGCAGCAGCAAGAGUACACCCAACCCACUGUUUAAAGUGCUUGUAGCAUUACAGCAAACUUCUCCUCAAAAUCCACCAAAGGUGGUUUUCUUGCCAAAUUUGGGCAAACUUGCUGAGAUUGUCAACCUUCUACCUCAGUUUAUCAGCAUCAUCUCAGAAUUUAAUCGACUCUCUCUAUACCACUCUUUGAAAGCAUCUCGGGGGAAUCCCAUACACAGCAACAUAGAGCAAGAUGAGGGAAUAAGAAAGAUUCAGGCUGCCAUUACUGCAGGAAUGACAGCCAAUGCCGGCCACCUGCAGGCUCAUUUGAAGAACUGGGACAAAUACAGGGCCAUUUGGGGGAUGAACAAGGACUCCUUUAUGCAACGCUACAAGCGACUAAACACACCCGUAUCUUCUUUUGAUGCUGAUAUACAAAGAUACACAGAGAAGGCCACCAGUGUUCAGCAGGAGGACUCGGUGGUUACCUUGGAGUUUGUGAUGCUGGACUGUUCACCACUCAAGUCCUCGUUGGUGGAACACUGCAACGAGUGGCAAAGAAAGUUCACACAGCUUCUCAGUCAGAUAGCCAGCGACUGCCUAAAAGACCUUUAUAAGUUCAUGCACGACAAAGCUGACAGGGUAAAACAAUCUCCUAAGAAUCUGGCUGACCUUGAUGAGAGUGUGAAGCUGCUGGAAAGCCUCCAGGGCAAUUUGUCUAAAACAGAAGCUCAGAUUCCUCUCAUCCACGAACAGUUUUCUAUCCUGGACAAAUAUGAAGUUCCAGUGGAAAACAGUCUGCAAGAAAUGCGUGAGGGGCUGGAUGAGGAGUGGACCUGGUUCCAGCAGGUGCUGAUUGACAGUGACAUCAUGCUGAAGAAAAACAAGGAGAAAUUUAAUACUAAUCUCCUCCUCUCUUCUGAUGAGUUCAAGAAGAAGAUUGAAAUAACUGCCCAAGAAUUUAGUACCACAGGUCCAUUUGACAGUGCGCUGAGUGCUGACCAAGCUUUAAAACAAAUAGCAGAGCAUCGCAGGCUACUGGAGAUGCUAAAAGAUGAGGAGAACACUAUUGUUAAUGGGCUGGCCUUCUUCAAAAUCGAACAGCCGAAGAGCAGGAGCAUCCAAAUGCUGGAAAAGGAUAUAGAUAAACUGCAACAGGUCUGGGAAAUCACAAAUGAAUGGGAUGCCAAUUGGAAUGACUGGAAGGUUUGGCAGCUUGCGACGCUGGAGACGGAGAGCAUGGAGAUAACAGCGCAGCACAUGUUCAAAAAACUCCACACACUUCAUAGAGAGCUAAAGGAUAAGGAGUGGGACAUACUAUAUUUCUCCCAGAAGAAGAUUGACCAUUUCAAACAGCUCAUCCCUCUCAUUGCUGAUCUGAAGAAUCCAGCCAUGAGAGACAGACACUGGAAGCAGAUCUCUGAUGAACUGCAGUGCUCUUUUGACCAAACCAGCGCUGACUUCACCCUGGAGAUGAUCAUAUCUUUGGGCUUUGACAGUUAUGCUGAAAAAAUCAGUGCGAUAUCUGGUGCUGCCAGCAAGGAACUCUCCAUAGAACAGAGUCUGAACAGCAUUACCAAGACAUGGGAGGAAACAUUCUUGGAAAUAAUACCCUUCAAAGACAAGGGCCACUUCCGGCUGAGGGCUACUGAUGACGUUUUCCAAACGCUGGAUGACAACCAGGUUAUUUUGUCCACAAUGAAAGCGUCUCGGUUUGUUAAAGCCUUUGAGCAGGAGGUGGAUCGAUGGGAACGACAGCUUUCCCAUGUCUUUGAAGUCAUUGAGAUGAUCCUUGCUGUGCAGCGUAACUGGAUUUAUUUGGAGAACAUUUUGCAAGGAAAAGAUAUCAGAAUUCAACUUCCUCUGGAAUGUGAAGAGUUUGAAGAUGUCAGCGCUUCGUGGAAAAGUAUAAUGAAAGAUCUCCACAAGAAUAAAAAUGCUUUGCAGGGAACACACCGCCCCGGCUUGUUAGAGGAGCUGUCAACGAUGAGUGCCAAACUGGAGGACAUCCUGAAGGCCUUGGACAUGUACCUGGAGACCAAGAGGCAGAUCUUCCCAAGAUUCUAUUUCCUGUCAAAUGAUGAUAUUCUGGACAUCCUGGGACAGUCACAGAACCAUGAUGCCAUUCAGCCUCAUCUGAAGAAAUGUUUUGACAACAUCAACAGUCUGAAGCUUGACAAGAAGCCCGAUAGAACUAAAGCUGAUGGGAUGAUUUCUGCUGAUGGAGAUUUGAUUAAGUUCAAAGAACCUGUGCUACUGGACAAACCUGUGGAGGUUUGGCUGUGUGACAUCGAGAGAGCCAUGCGUAAUACGCUCAAGGCCUGCCUCAACAGCUGCCUUCUAGAUCUGAAGAAAGUAACAGGUCGAAGGGACAAAUGGGUCAGAGACUGGCCAGGACAGAUGAUAAUUACAGCCAGUCAGAUCAAGUGGACCUCUAUGGUCACUAAAUGUCUCAUCAUCAGCAAGGAGAAAGGGGACAACUCCUCCCUGAAGUCAUUGAAAAAGAAACAGGUUUCCAUGCUUAAAGGUUACUCAGAAAUCAUCCGUGACAACCUGUCCAAAAUCCUGCGUCUGAAGAUCGUAGCACUUGUCACAGUUGAAGUUCACGCUCGGGAUGUUAUUGAUAAGCUGGCCAAGGCUGAUUGCAAUGAUGUCAAUGCCUUUGAAUGGCUGAGCCAGCUGCGACUCUACUGGGAGAAGGACAGGGUAAGAGGACAGUGAACUUUGAGUGAUUGCAUUAUCCGACAAACCAACACACAUUUCAAGUAUGGCUACGAAUACCUGGGCAACUCGGGACGACUCGUCAUCACGCCACUUACGGACAGGUGUUACAUGACUCUUACAACAGCACUCCAUCUCCACCGAGGGGGCUCUCCUAAAGGCCCCGCUGGUACUGGGAAGACGGAGACUGUGAAGGACUUGGGCAAAGCGCUUGGAAUGUACGUGAUUGUUGUCAACUGCUCUGAAGGACUGGAUUACAAAUCAAUGGGACGCAUGUACUCAGGCCUGGCGCAGACAGGAGCGUGGGGAUGCUUCGAUGAGUUCAACCGUAUCAACAUUGAGGUGUUGUCAGUGGUCGCCCAGCAGAUCCUGUCCAUCCUGUCUGCUCUGUCAGCUGGACAGUCUCAGUUCCAUUUCGAAGGACAGAAAAUACCUUUGGUUCCUACAUGUGGGAUCUUCAUCACCAUGAAUCCUGGAUAUGCUGGUCGCAGUGAGCUUCCUGACAACCUCAAGUCCAUGUUCAGACCUAUCUCCAUGGUGGUGCCCGACUCUACUCUCAUUGCUGAGAUUCUGCUGUUUGGAGAGGGCUUCAAUAACUGCAAGCUCUUGGCUAAGAAGGUGUUCACGCUGUACUCCCUGGCAGUGCAGCAGCUCUCAAAACAGGACCACUACGAUUUUGGUCUUCGCGCUCUCACCUCCCUGAUUCGCUAUGCUGGAAAAAAGCGUCGCUCUUGUCCCAGCUUCCAUGAUGAAGAAGUCCUGCUAAUAGCUAUGAAGGAUAUGAACAUUGCUAAGCUGACCUCUGCUGACGUACCACUGUUCAGUGCAAUCAUCCAGGACUUGUUCCCUGAUGUGGAAACUCCCACGGUCGACUGUGAGAAGUUAAAGAAAGCUGUAGAGGUUGAGCUUCGUCUGAGCGGUUUUCAGGUGACUUCGUUUGCCAUGACCAAAAUCAUCCAGCUUUACGAAACCAAAAACUCCAGACACUCCACCAUGCUGGUCGGUAAAACGGGAAGCGCUAAGAGUGUUACCUGGAAGACUCUGCAGAAUGCGCUCACUGCCCUGCACAAUAAGGGCGACCUUGACUUUCAGCUGGUUCAGGUGUAUCCUCUGAACCCGAAGUCCAUGAGUCUGGGAGAGCUGUAUGGAGAAAACAACCUUUCCACAAACGAGUGGACUGAUGGAGUAAUGUCUUCCCUCAUGAGAGCAGCCUGCGCAGAUGGGAACCCAACUGAGAAGUGGAUUGUGUUUGACGGUCCUGUUGACACGCUGUGGAUUGAGAGUAUGAACUCUGUUAUGGAUGAUAACAAAGUCCUCACGCUCAUAAACGGAGAGAGAAUCUCCAUGCCGGACCAGGUUUCCCUUUUGUUUGAAGUGGAAAACCUGGCAGUGGCUUCUCCAGCUACCGUGUCCCGCUGUGGAAUGGUCUACAACGAUUACAUUGACCUUGGGUGGAAGCCCUUUGUUCAGUCCUGGCUGGACAAGCGACAUAAAGCUGAAGUGGAUCAUUUAAAGCAUUUGUUUGAGAAGUAUGUAGAUAGCACAUUGACAUUUAAGAAGGCCAACUGCAGGGAGCUGAUCCCCAUCACUGAACUCAAUGGGGUCAUCUCUCUCUGCCGCCUCUACGACUCCCUGGCUACACCCAGCAGCGGGGUGAAUACCACAGACAGAGAAAACUUGGGUAAGAUGGUAGAACGGUGGUUUGUCUUCAGCCUUAUCUGGUCCAUUUGUGCCUCUGUUGAUGAAGAGGGACGCAGGAAGAUGGACAAUUUCCUAAGAGAGAUGGAGGGCACCUUUCCUGCCAAGGACAGUGUAUAUGAGUACUAUGUGGACACAAAGAAUAAAACCUGGGUUUCUUUUGAAGAAAAGCUCCCUAAAGGCUGGCGAUACAGUGCAACUGCUCCUUUCUACAAGAUAAUAGUUCCUACAGUGGACACAGUUCGCUAUAAGUUGCUAGUCAAGGCUCUGGUCUUGAAUCAGUAUCCAGUGUUACUCACUGGGCCAGUGGGCACUGGAAAAACCUCAGUGGCCCAGAGUGUCCUGCAGGACCUGGAUGGCAACUGGAAUGGGCUUACCAUCAACAUGUCUUCACAGACCAGCUCUCAUAACAUCCAGGCCAUCAUAGAGAGUCGGACAGAAAAGAGAGCGAAAGGUGUGUUUGUGCCAGUGGGUGGGAAACAGCUGCUGUGCUUUCUGGAUGACCUCAACAUGCCAUCUCCUGAUCUAUUUGGCUCUCAGCCACCAUUGGAGCUACUCCGCCUCUGGAUUGACUAUGGCUUCUGGUAUGACUGCCAGAAACAGACCCCAAACUUUCUCAAGAACAUGUUUUUACUGGCAUCCAUGGGGCCUCCUGGUGGAGGAAGGAAUCAGAUCUCUGCCCGCUUGCAGAGUCGAUUCAACGUCAUCAAUAUGACAUUCCCGGAUGAGUCCCAGAUCAAGUGCAUCUACAGUACCAUGAUAAAUCAGAAGCUGCAGGGGUUUAAGGAGGAUGUGAAGUCCAUCGGUGACAUUCUGACUCAGGCCACUUUAAAACUGUAUUAUGCUGUCACAGCCUCUUUUCUUCCAACUCCAGCCAAGAUACACUACCUAUUCAACCUCAGAGACAUCUCCAAGGUGUUUCAGGGUCUGCUAAGAGCUCACCCAGACUUCCAUGAUACCAAAAACAACCUCACAAGAUUGUGGAUCCAUGAAUGCUUCAGGGUUUUCUCAGAUCGACUUGUAGACCACAGUGACAUGACUGCUUUUGUGGCUUUGAUGGACGAAAAACUGGCCUCGGUGUUCAACCUCAGUUUUCACAACAUUUGUCCAAACAAGACAUCUCCCAUAUUUGGUGAUUUCCUGAGUACAGUCCCAUGCUAUGAGGACAUACAGGACAUGAAGGUUCUCAAGACAUUCAUGGAAACGCAGCUGGAGGAUUACAACCUCUCUCCUGGAGUAGUUCCCAUGAGUCUUGUGCUCUUUCAAGAUGCCAUUGAACACAUAACUCGUAUUGUGCGUGUUAUUAGUCAGCUCAGAGGGAACAUGCUGGUGAUUGGAAUUGGGGGCUCUGGCCGACAGAGCCUGUCUAAGAUAGCCGCCUUUAUCUGUGAGUACCAGGUAUUCCAGGUGGAAGUCAGUAAGCAGUACCACAAACAGGAAUUCAGAGAAGACAUUAAGAAGCUGUACCGUUUGACUGGUGUAGACAACAAGCCCACAGUCUUCCUGUUCAAUGACACCCAGAUUGUCGAUGAAUCCUUCCUCGAAGACAUCAAUAACAUCCUAAGCUCUGGAGAGGUGCCCAACCUCUACAAGCAGGAUGAGUUUGUUGAGGUAUGCAACGCCCUGUCGGCAUCUGCCAGGAAAGACAAUGUUGUGGAGACUCCUGACUCACUUUUCAGCUACCUGAUCGAGCGAGUCCGAAACAACCUGCACAUUGUACUCUGUAUGAGCCCAGUGGGAGAACCUUUCAGGAAGCGCAUCCUGCAAUAUCCAGCGAUAGUCAACUGUACAACAAUUGACUGGUUCUGUGAAUGGCCCCACGAUGCCCUUAUGGAGGUAGCUGAGAGGUACUUGGAUGGACUGGAGCUGGGCUCAUUAAAAGGGAUCCAAACAAAGGUUGCCAGUAUGUUUGUGACCACACACCUCUCAGUGGUACAAGUCUCCCAAACGAUGAAACUGGAGCUGAGAAGAAAUAAUUACGUAACACCCACCAACUACCUGGAGCUGGUAUCUGGCUACAAGAAGCUGUUGGCAGAGAAACGCACUGAGUUGGGGGAGCAGGUGAACAAGCUGCGUAAUGGCCUUUUUAAAAUCAGCGACACUCGGGAGAAAGUGGAGGCCAUGUCAGUUGAACUCGAGAAGGCGAAGAAGCAGGUCGCUGAAUAUCAGAAAGAAUGUGACAAAUAUUUGACCACCAUCCUAAAGGAACAGGAAGAGGGUGCCGAACAGCAGGAGAUGGUGAGUGCUCGUAGAGAAAAAAUUGCAGCUGAAGAGAUAGAGUGUAUAACCAUGGCUGAGAAUGCACAGAGUGAGCUGGAUAAGGCCCUUCCUGCCCUGGAUUUAGCCUUAAAGGCUCUGGAGUCUCUGAAUAAAAAGGACAUGACAGAGAUCAAGUCGUACGGUCAUCCUCCAGUACUGGUGGAGACAGUGAUGCAGGCCGUCAUGACUUUACUGGGAAAAGACCCGAACUGGGCAGAGGCCAAGAGACAGCUGGGUGAUUCCAACUUCAUCAAAACAUUGAUCAACUUUGACAGGGAUAACAUCCCUGCUCAUGUUUUGAAGAAGAUCGGCAACUACUGCAAGCACGGAAGCUUCCUUCCAGAUAUCAUCGGGAAAGUAUCCCUUGCUGCCAAGUCCCUCUGCAUGUGGGUCAGGGCCAUUGAGGUUUACGGCCGUGUCUUCAGGGAGGUAGAGCCAAAGAGAGCCCAAUUGAACGCUGCUACAUCCCAGCUAGCAGAGAAACAGGCUGCACUGGCUGAUGCCGAGUCCAAACUACGAGAGGUGGCAGAGAGGCUUGAUGAGCUGAAAAAGCAGCAUCGUGAGAAGCUGGUCACGAAGGAAAGCUUAAAAAAGAAAUCAGAGGAGAUGGAGAUAAAACUGGACCGAGCCGGCAAACUGGUGACAGGACUUGCUGGAGAGAGGGUCCGCUGGGAGGAGAGGGUUGUUGGUCUUGAGGAGAACAGUGGAUACCUUGCGGGAGACUGUUUGCUGGCAGCUUCUUUCCUGUCCUACAUGGGACCCUUCCUUUCCAGUUACAGAGACAAGCUGCUUUCCAUCUGGAUGAAAGAGGUUCAGAACUUACAAAUCCCCUGCUCUCCAGGCUUCAGUUUUGCUGCUUUUUUGUCCAAACCCACUGCAGUGAGAGACUGGAAUAAUAAAGGCCUGCCAUCUGAUGCUUUCUCAACUGAAAAUGGAGUUAUCAUCACCCGUGGAAACCGAUGGCCAUUGAUUGUGGACCCUCAAGGCCAAGCUCUGAAGUGGAUCCGAAAUAUGGAGACAGAGAGGGGUCUGAAAGUAAUAGAAUUUCAAAUGCCAGAUUAUCUGCGGGUGCUGGAAAAUGCCAUCCAGUUUGGGAAUCCUGUUUUGCUGCAGAAUGUCCAGGAGGAAUUAGAUCCUUCUCUCAACCCUGUUCUCAAUAAGUCCCUGACACGGACAGGCGGGAGGUUGAUGUUGAAGCUGGGUGAUAAGGAGGUGGAAUACAAUCCAGAGUUUCGGUUAUACAUCACCACCAAACUGUCCAACCCCCACUACACGCCAGAGAUAUUCUCAAAGAGCGCCGUGGUCAACUUUGCUGUGAAGGAGCAGGGUCUGGAACGCCAGCUACUGGGAAUUGUGGUACGCAAGGAGCGUCCAGAGCUGGAACAACAGAAGGACUCUUUGGUGAUCAGUAUUGCUGCUGGCAAGAAAAGUCUGCAGGACCUGGAGGAUGAGAUCCUCAGAUUGCUAAAUGAGGCGACUGGCUCAUUGCUGGAUGACGUGCAGCUGGUAAACACACUGCAGACUUCAAAAAUGACAGCCACCGAAGUUUCACAGCAGCUGGAAAGCAGUGAGCAGACCGAGCUCGAGAUCGACUCUGCCAGAGAGGCGUACCGUCGGUGUGCCCAGAGAGCCUCUAUUCUCUUCUUUAUUCUAAACGACAUGAGCUGCAUUGACCCCAUGUACCAGUUCUCUCUGAAUGCCUACCUAAACCUGUUCAACCUCAGCAUAGAAAAGAGCAAUCACAGCUCCGACCUGGAGGAGAGAAUCUCCAACCUUAACAGCUACCACACGUAUGCUGUAUACAGGUACACGUGUCGUGGUCUGUUCGAAGUUCACAAGCUGCUAUUCAGCUUCCAGAUGUGUAUCAAAAUCCUUCUUCUGGCUGACCAACUCGACAUGGAAGAGUACAACUUCUUUCUUCGAGGAGGAGUCGUACUUGACAAGAAAGAUAGGGCGUGUAACCCAUGUGCCAACUGGUUGCCAGAUCAGAGUUGGGACAACAUCAUAGAGCUGCAAAAGCUGCCUAAAUUCAAAGGGAUCGUUACCUCAUUUGAAAGGUAUCCUCGAGCCUGGAACAUCUGGUUCACCAGCUCCGAGCCAGAAAACGCCACAUUCCCAGGUGAAUUUGGGAAUCUUUCAAAUGAGUUUCAGAAGAUGCUGAUAGUGCGUUGUCUACGUCAGGACCGCGUCUCUUUCUGCAUCACGUCUUUCAUUGUUAAACAGCUUGGAUUUCAGUUUGUGGAGCCGCCUGUUCUCGACAUGAAGGCAGUUGUGGAGGAAUCCAGCAGCUGCACUCCUCUAAUCUUCGUUUUGUCUCCUGGAGUGGACCCUACAGGUGCCCUGCUGCAGCUGGCCGAGUCCUCCGGCAUGAGCCAACGCUUCCAUGCAAUCUCUCUGGGCCAGGGACAGGCACCUAUUGCCAAGAGCUUGAUAGAGGAGGGAGUCAAGAAUGGUCAUUGGGUGUUCCUUGCCAACUGCCACCUCUCUCUUUCAUGGAUGCCUGAGCUGGAUAAGCUGAUUAAGCAGCUGCAGAUGCAGAAAACCCACCCAGACUUUAGACUAUGGCUCAGCUCUUCUCCACACCCUGAAUUUCCCAUCACCAUUCUGCAGGCGGGCAUCAAGAUGACCACUGAACCACCAAAGGGUGUGAGAGCCAACAUGAGGCGUCUGUACCGGGAGGUGACAGAGACUCAGUUCAACCGCUGCUCAAAGUCUCUGCUUUACAGGAAGCUCCUCUACUCCCUUUGCUUCUUUCACAGCAUCCUUCUAGAGAGGAAGAAGUUUCGGCAGAUGGGCUGGAACAUUGUCUAUGGCUUCAAUAAUUCAGAUUUUCAGGUCAGUGAGAAUCUGCUUUGUCUGUACCUGGAGAAAUAUGAUGAGAUUCCCUGGGAUACCCUCAAGUUCCUCAUUUCCGGCGUCAUCUAUGGUGGUCACGUCACAGACGAUUGGGACAGACGUCUUUUAACCACAUACAUCAAUGACUACUUCUCUGACACCGCCAUAAACCAGUCCUUCUUCAAGUAAGACACUCAGGGAAAAGUCUUGCCCUCCUAUAUUAUCCCCCCUGAUGGUUCCCAGUCCAGCUACAAGGCACACAUUACCACGCUGCCGUCUACAGACCAUCCGGAGGUGUUUGGCCAGCACCCUAAUGCUGAUAUCGCGAGUCAGAUUGCUGAGACCAGGCUGCUGUUUGACACCUUGCUCUCCAUGCAGCCUCAGUUCACCAGCCCCAGCGCUGGUGAGGGCAGGCCCAGCAGAGAGGACACGGUCUUAGAGCUGUUGACAGAUGUCCAGGAGAAAAUCCCAGCAGUGAUUACCUUUGAGGCCAUCCUCCAGGACAAUCCUUCUCCUCUUAAUGUGGUCUUGCUGCAAGAGAUCCAGCGCUACAACUCUCUGCUGAACACCAUCAAGUUGUCCUUGGUGAGCCUGGAGAAUGGAAUCAAAGGCUUUGAGGUGAUGUCACCAAGCAUGGAGGAGACUUUCAACAGCAUCUAUGAUGCUCGAGUACCACCACUAUGGGAGAAGACGUACCCCUCUCUGAAGCCGCUGGCAGCGUGGACCAAAGAUCUUUGCCAGCGAGUCGAUCAGUUUGCACACUGGGCAAAGACGGCCCAGCCCCCCGUCUUGUUUUGGUUGUCCGGCUUCACCUUUCCCAAUGGUUUCCUGACUGCGGUGCUGCAGUCGUCUGCUCGCCAGCGCAACAUCUCAGUAGACACACUGUCCUGGGAGUUUAUCGUGUCCACCGUUGAUGACAGCAACCUCAUUUCCCCACCGCAGGAUGGGGUGUAUGUGAGAGGGUUGUUCCUGGAGGGGGCUGGCUGGGACAAGAAGAGCUCCUGUCUGGUGGAAGCUGAACCCAUGCAGAUGGUCUGUCCCAUCCCCACCAUCCACUUCAAACCAGCCGAGAACCGCAAGAAGAUGUCAAAGAGCAUGUACCUGUGUCCUUGUUACUACUUCCCAGUGCGUGCUGGGAGGGGGGGGCAAGCAUCGUUCGUGGUCGGGGUGGAACUCAAAACAGGAGCUGCGACUCAGGAUCACUGGAUCAAGAGAGGAGCAGCUCUUCUGAUGAGCCUGGACAAUUAA